UUCUCCCAGCAUCGACCUGCUUCUUUCCCGGAGAUAAUGACGCUAGGUAUGUUCUAAUUUCACCCAUAUCAUAUCUUGCUCCCUCUUCUAAUUGACCUGUUCUCAGUAAGUUUCAAAGCAUCUUUCUCAUAACAGAUACAACCAGUCCAACCGAAGAACCAAUUAUCCCGGACAAUAGAUACUAUGGAGUCACGCGGAGGCUCAACCAAUCUUCAUCCUAUAUCAAGCCGUCGUCGCCGCAUUCGUCUACAUGGACGGCCACGUCGUGCAAGGAGUUUACCUUCACGUUUCCGAGAGCCAGUUGCAGUUGAGGCCAUACCUUAUAUACUUCCUCCUUUGCAGAUUCAACUUCCUGAUACAUGGCGUCUCUGGAAGCCAGCCGUUCUUCACUGUCCACCGGUGACAAGUCUACCGUGUUGGCGCCCGUGUCCCAAUUACGGUCCAAGGGAGACCAAGUUCAGGCUCUGCGAUACCAGAAGUCUCGAUGACAAAUUCUCCUUCCCGCUUAAAGGAUACAAUAAUUGGGAAAUCGAGUCUAUGCCUGAUAAGGUCCUUGCCAAAAUAAUUACAGAUUGGCACCGAAGUCCGGUUUUGUCCUUUCGACCUGACACCCGGAAUGUGAUAUCACGUAUUGCCCCUGACUUGGUGGCAAAGUGGGGACCGGCCGUUUGUCAAGCAGAAGCAGACAUCAUGUGGAUCAUCGGGGAGAAAUGGAGAGUGAAAACCCAUAUUCCAGAGGUGCACAGAGUACUUCGAGACGAGGUCACCGGGUACCUGAUAAUCAUCAUGGAUUACGUCCGCGGUUCAAACUUGGUUGAUAUCUGGCAUUGUAUAUCGCCGGAACGCCGACACAGACUUACCAAGGCUAUUGUUAAACUGAUUUGCGUUAUGCAAACGAAUGAGGCUCGGUAUCCGGGUCCGGCUGGAAUCACUCCCAUGCGGGCUUUAGUUCAUAGGGAUUAUCCCGUUCCGCUCUGUAUGAACGGGACAGACUAUGACCGAUAUAUGAACGUUCUACUCAGUGUAGCCAAUUGUUAUCGACCGGAGGGUAUGCGAACCAAAGGUUUUAUGAGAACCUAUAGGGGCAAGUUCGUUCUGGCAAAUAUGAAUUUAGAUCCGAGCAGCUUUAUUGUUGACAGGAAGAACAAUAUUUGGAUUGUCGGUUGGGCAAAUGGUGGCUUUUACCCUCCUGAAAGUGAGCUUGCUAUGGUCGAGCGUUUGAUGCCGUCAAGAUUCGCCGAUUUAACGAGGGAGAUUCUUAAAAAUAUAUUACACGAUCGGUUACAGAGACAACAUUUGAGGUUGAUUGCUUCAAUGAUUGAUGGCGAUCCCCUAGAGAAAAAGGGCGGUGGCUUUUACCAUCACUUGGAGUAACGGGCCGAGGCGAAAAAGGAGACGUAAGGGCAGCUAUGUUAGUGAACAGGAGCGUGCACAUGUCAAUCGCUUGCAGGAAUAUGGGACUUCAUAAUCAAACCUAAUUGGUGUUUGCUUUGGAGUAUGAUGGCAGUCAAAUUAGACAGCGACUUGCUUGCCGUCCUUGCCAGGGAUAGCUUUUCUCGGGACGGCUAGCCACAUUAGUUCAACGUCUACAUACAUU